AUGGAUUUACAUCAUUCUAAAUCUUAUGGAGUUUUCAAUGAGUUGAACUGUCAGCUUUUUAAACCAAAACCUCAUUCUUUCAGACUUUAAAUUGGUUCAUUACCUACUGAGAUACCACAAGUUCUAAAAUAGGCCCUAGUCACUCCUUCUACAAAUGACAAUGAUUCAAAGUAUUAUAAUCCGUAACUUAGUCACUCUCCUUCUCCAUAAUUAAGGGCUUUCAAAUCUUACAGAGUCUCCACUGAAAUGUUAAAUGGAUCUCCGAUUGAUUAGAUAUAAUUAAUUAUGAGAGAAAAUGAGAACUUGAAAAAAUCAUUGAACCAAAAACAGAAGAUUAUUGAUACUUUGACUCGAUCACAUAAAACCAAAAUUAGAUUAGAUUUCAACGAUUUGAAAAAGAAUUCAAGAUCUCAUAUUUAACUUCAAAGUUAAUAGGAUGCCAAUAAGCCAAAGUUAAUUGAAGUAAAGUAGUCUGUCUCUCAAAAUUAUAAUAAACGAACCAAAUUGCCAAGAAUUGAAGAUCCUGUUCCAAAGGAUGAUGAUCGUAAUUUCACUUUCGCCAAUAAUUUUUUCAAUGACAAUGCCACUUCUCAACGUCAAAAGUUUAAUUUUAAAUAAGUGUUUGCCUAAUCUCAUUUGAAGAAGAAAUUUUUCACUUGA